GCCCCUCCUCUGAUUUAUCCAUAUAUUUCGAGAUAGGCUGUUACAUUUCUGGUUUCACACACAUAAGUACAGAGCAGAGUGAUUACAGUGUGUGUGUGUAUAUGCACGAGAGAGAGAGAGAGAUUCUUUCAAAGAUCUGCUAAACUUUGUGUCUCAAGUUCUUGCUCAGUUUAAAAACUUCCAACAUACAUCUUGUAAAGAAAAGAUUGAAUCUUUGAACUCGGUUGGACUCACAUUGAGUUAACUCACUCUUGUCAAGUCCCAUCACUCUUUCUUUCUGUGUUCCAACCUUUUAGUUCCAGUCACGUAUUUGACAUUUGUUGUUCAAAAUUUGAACCGGGUAUUUUUAGAAAUACCGAUAUUCGUGAUCCCUGAGCUGAAAUGGUGAAGUCCGGCAGUUUCGCCGGAGCUCCGGUGAGUUGAACUGAAAAUCAGAAGGGAAAUAUGUUUAAGGCGGCGAGAUGGAGGAGCGACAAGAACAAGAUCAAAGCUGUUUUCAGAUUACAGUUUCAUGCUACUCAGGUAUCACUUACAGGAGGGGAUUCUUUGAUGAUAUCAGUGAUUCCUGCUGAUGUUGGAAAGCCAACAGCAAAGUUGGAGAAAGUGAAAGUUAAUAAUGCAGGGUGUUACUGGGAAAAGCCUAUUUACGAGACUGUGAAGUUCAUUCAUGAUCCUAAAACUGGGAAGAUAAAUGAGAGACUAUAUCACUUUAUCAUAGCAACCGAUUCGUCAAAAUUUGGUAUACUUGGCGAGGUUUCGUUUGAUUUUGCAAAUUAUGCAGGGGCCAAAAAGCUUACUUCCUUGUCUCUGCCACUUAAAACCGCCAAAUUUGAGGCUGUGUUGCAUGUUUCAAUAGAAAGGAUACAGGAUACUGUUGAUCAUAGAGAAGUUGGCGAGGGUGAAAACUUUAAACAAGGUUCGCAGGAUGAGAGCUUAAAAGCACAUUUAAGCAGUAGCGAUAUAGAUGUAAACAUAAAAACCGAAUUGUCCCAAGAUGGAUCUUUAGAUAAAGUUGUGACCCAUGUUGCUGAGUUAAAAGGAAACCGCAGGUCUUCUGUUGCAUCUGAUGUUACUAUAUCAAGUUCAGAUAGUGUUUCUGGUCUUGAUACAUUUCAAGAAUAUGGCACAAAGGAGAACAAUAUUAAUGAAGAUCAUACUAACUUGAUAUCAUCACAGGGUCAUGUCUCGUUACUUCAGAAGCCAACACCUGAUGCCUCAACAGCAGUCCAUGAGGAACAGCAGAGGUUACAAUCAGAAUGGUCUGGAGGUUCCGCUCCUGAUGUAAGUACAGAUGACUCAUCAAACAGCCCCAGUGAGACACUGCCAAGAGAAAGGUCUGACACCUCUGCUAUCUUGAUUGACAAACUUAAAACUGAACUUGCUGUUUUAGCUAGACAGUCUGAGGUUUCAGAACUAGAGUUACAGACUCUGCGUAAGAAUAUUGUAAAGGAAAGCAAAAGGGGUCAGGACCUUUCCAGAGAACUAGCCAGUGUUAAAGAGGAGAGAGAUGCUUUCAGAUGUGAGUGUGAAAAACUCAAAGACUUGCAAAAGCGUGCUGAGGCUGCUAAAGUUCGAAACAAGUUGCAAGUUGAUGGAGGGGAUCCUCGGGCUUUUCUUGAAGAACUCCGGCAAGAAUUGAACCAUGAGAAGGAAUUAAAUGCAAAUCUGCGUAUACAACUUCAAAAGACACAAGAAUCGAACUCUGAGUUACUUUUAGCUGUGCGUGACCUAGAUGAAAUGCUAGAAGCAAAGAAUAGUGAGAUAGUAGACCUAUCAAACAAAUCAGCAAAAAGUGAGACUGCAUAUAGCUCACAUGUAAGUAAUCCCAAAUGUGAUGCUGAUAUUGAUGAAGACCAAAUAGCACUAGAAGAGCUUGUUAGGGAUCACAGUAAUGUUAAGGAUGCUGUCGAGUUAGAGGAAAAGAUCACGGACCUUUAUGGUGAACUAGAAAGUUGUAGGAGGGACAGAGAUGAUCUGGAAGUGCAAAUGGAGCAGCUUUCGCUUGAUUACGAAAUUUUAAAGCAGGAAAACCAUGACAUCUCAUAUAAACUGGAGCAGAGUCAAGUGCAAGAACAACUGAAGAUGCAGUAUGAAUGUUCAACUUCUUAUGCCACUUUAAAUGAUCUUGAAGCACAGAUUGAGAGUUUGGAAAAUGAGCUUAAGAAGCAGUCAGAAGAAUUUUCAGGAUCUUUGAUUACCAUAAGUGAGCUUGAAAAUCAUAUAAAUAUCUUACAUGAAGAGCUCGAUAAGCAGGCACAAGGUUUUGAAGCUGAUCUGGAAGUACUUAUAAGUGCUAAAGUUGAGCAGGAAAAGAGAGCUAUAAAAGCAGAGGAAACCCUGAGGAAAGCACAACGGCAGAAUGUAAAUACAGCAGAGAGGUUACAAAAGGAAUUCAGGGGGAUUUAUUUGAAAAUCUCAUCCACUUUAGAUGUGAAUGAUAAGCUAGCUACAAAAGCACUAACUGAAGCAAAUGAAUUUCGUCUAGAGAAAAACUAUCUAGAGGAAAUGCUCCAUCAAGCCAAGGAAGAGGUUGAGUCAGUUAAGGGCCUUUAUGAAGCAAAAUUGCUAGAACUUUUAAACCAAAUACAUUCCAAGACAAAACAGAUGGAGCAGGUACAAUCAGAGAGUGAAUAUAAGUCCACCAAGGCAGAAACUCAAAGAAAGCUUGCUGAAGAAACUCACAGACUCCUUUCAAAAGAAAUCUUAAUCCUGCAGUCUGAAAUUGAAAGACUUACAAGAGAAAACAGUGUCUUCUCCGAGCAGGAAAGGCAGAAUGAUAAUUUAAGAGCUGAGCUAAAUCAAUUGAAGUUGUCAACUAACGAUCUCUCAGAACAAAUCAUUUCACUGCAGUCUCAAAUUGAAAGACUUAGGCAAGAAAAUAGUGCUUUCUCUGAGCAGCAAGAGCAGAUUGAAACUUUGAGAGCGGAGCUAGAUCAUAUGAAGGAAUCUAUUGAGGAGACUGAGAUCCAGGUAUUAAGAGGCAUUGCUGAAGGUGAUGAAUUAGAACUUACAGGCGCAUUGCUCAAGGUGGAACUGGAGAAGUUACAAAAAGAAUUAAUCACUAUGAGGAGUGUCAAGAACGAAACAGAAUUAAUGGCUGAAAAUCUUCAGUCGGAGGUCAAGACCCUCAAGACUAAAUAUAAUGAAUUGAAACAUUACGUCUUAGAAGAUGAGUUUGAGAAACAAGUACUCAGAAAGCAGGUAAUUCAACUUACAGAUGAUAUAAAAUCAAGGGAAGAUAUGUUAAGCAUUGUUGAGAAGAAGAUAAUAGAUGAAUACAGUCAAGCGCCAGUCUUCAAGGUUGACGAAGCAAGAAGAGCUGAAUCACUCCCUGCCUGUGAUUCCAUGGAAUAUGCAAAUCUGGUCGAGAACAUAAGAUUGCUCGAGGAUCAAAUAAAGCUUAAGGAAAUUUCUCUGGAAACUUCAUCAACUGCAUUUCUGGCCAAGGAGAAAGAUCUCCAAAUCAAGAUUGAAGAGUUGGAAAAAAGUUUGGAUAUGCUUCAUCAAAAUGCUGAAAGUUUCCACCUAAACAAGAUCCAGAAUGAAGCUGGCAAUGCAGAGGGAUUCACUCUGAAUAUUGGAGUAGCAGAAGAAUCAGUAAUUGCUGCCGGAGAUAUAAGUUCAACAGAAAGCACAACUGUGAAUGGAUGCCUGACGUCAUUUAAAGAUAGCAACAAUGACACUUCAUUAGAGGAUGGACUUGAAGACUCUGCAAGCCAUUCCAGAGAUCAUGGAAAUCUCAGUGAAUCAUCCCAUGAAAUGACAUUACUGAAGGCCAGAAAUCGAUCAAUGGAAGGUGAAUUGAAGGAUAUGCAAGAGAGAUAUUCAGCUAUAAGUCUCAAAUUCGCCGAGGUAGAGGGUGAAAGACAAAAGCUUGUAAUGAAAUUGCGCAGCAUAAAAAAUUCGAAAAAGAGCUCAUCUUGAGUGUGUGGAGAAUCUAGAUAUUACACUUUUGAUGGCCGUCUCAGAAAAUAAUACAUUGUAUAUUGCCACAUAUGUUCUCUUUUCCUCCGAUGAUACAGUUCUUGUUUGAAAAUAGUACGAAGUAGUUCUUACGGUGUAGGUAGUGUGCUUAAGUAUCUGAAAUUUAGUUUCUGUACUGUAAUUGUUUUAGAAUUGUGAGAACUGCAACUCUGGAGAACACUUGAUCAGUCUAUUCUUUUCAUUUUUUGGAUAUAGUGCAAUAAACCUAAUGUUCUGUUCGA